AUGCGCGAGAGGAACUCCGACCCCCCUGAGGACUCGCCACUCCCGCUCACGUUCCCUGGCCUACUCAACGCCGCUUUGGGCGAAUACCGCCAGUCUCUUAAUGGCACCUUGCUCAGUGAAUAUGAAUCGCUCAUCGGGGACUUCGCACGUUGCGCCACAUGUGAUGAAACGCUCGACGUGCUUCGAAGGACAUCUCAACGGCUGAAAGCUAGCCGUCAAGGAAGCCGGACGUCACAGGCACUCGCGAAAGCUAUAGCACCACUAGUACGUGGACUCAACGCUGUUCUGGAGACGGUCUCGGAGACCGCUUCUUCUGCGGGUGUUCCAGGAGGCAAAGGCAUAUUUGCUGCCAUAGCCGUACUCUUGAAGGCUGCAGAUCGCACGCAGUUGACCUCAGAUCACCUGGAGAAGUUAUUCGCUCGGAUGCACACGUGUGUCGAGCGCUUGGCAGUACGAUUGCCAGCUCCGAUGUCAAAAGCGGCGGAGAAUGUUGCUGUGAAACUGCUGGUACAAACCUUGACAGUUCUGGCUCUGGCGACCAAGGCUACGCAGAGAAGCUACGCUCGGAGAUUUUUGGAUGAGCUAAUCGGCAGGCCGAAUGCUGUUCAACUCGCGCUGGAGGCAUUGGAAGAGAUCACGGCCGAGGAGCUAGGGCUGUCAAUUGCUGAGAUCUCCGUCGGGGUUCGACAUCUGCAAACCGAUGUUCAGACAAUGCAGACAGUGCAGAGACUACCCGACGAUAUACGCCCGAUCUUAGAACACACGAACAAUACAACUGAGGCGAUACGCAUCCAAGGCCGGGCUAUGUUCAAUAUGCUUGAACAGGUUCAUGAUACUCUCAUGACCGCCGCAUCCCCAGUGAGAGAAGGCUUCGGAGUCUCCGCAGUCGCUUUGGCGACUCCAGAACCAGCUCGUUUGCCAACUCUGCCGUCCCGUUUCCAGCUGGAGCAAAUGGGAAGGCACCAAACGCACGUGCAGCACGGCUCCCUCCACGCGCUGAUUAUCGGCGUCGACAUCUACGAAUCUGAAUAUGUCGGUGAUCUUCGCGGCGCCGUCUCUGAUGCCCACGCCCUGGGCGAUUAUCUACGGACAGACCUGCUUGUUCCAAAGUGCCAGAUAGCGGAGUUGAGUAACGAGAACGCAACGCAAGCAGCUAUCUUGAACCACAUACGCUCGCUCUCCUCGUGCAAAACUUUGAAAAAGGGCGAUCCCAUACUCAUAUACUUCGCGGGGCAUGGAAGCAGGGUGGAAAACGAGUUUGGCGACUACCUUUCACUAUUACUUCCCUACGACUGUAUAGUCCAGAACGGUACAGGCGCACACCGUCCGAGUAGCCAAUUAUUUGGACGAGCCAUAUCGUCUUGGGGCCUCCACAUGCUGUUGAACGAACUGGCCAGUGAAAAAGGCGACAACAUCACCGUUAUCACAGAUUGCUGCAACUUCAUGGUUGGUACUUAUGCGAAGAUGGAUGAAGAUCGCUGUAGAGUACCGAUGAGAUCUCAACUGUACCCCGUCCCAAGACCGUGUGUGUUUUUGGCUGCCUGUCGUCCAGAAGAGUUCGCCUUCGAAACCCGUGACGGCGGCGGUUUCACCGGAAAGCUUCUUUCAACCUUGCGCUUAUACGCCACACAACUCGACUGUGUCACGUAUCAGAACUUAAUCAGCAGCAUUCCUGCCAUAGGAGGGCAAACACCUUGGUGCGAAGGGCGCAACGCCGACCGCAUAUUAUUCACCACUCGCACCAUCAAUAACACGUGUCAGGUUUCAGUCUGGGACUCCUCCAAACGCGAGUACCUGAUGCAAGCAGGAAACCUCCAUGGUCUGACACCGGGUGCUCGAUUUCACGUUUACCCCUCCUGUGCCUCUGUAGCCCAUGGGACACCUUCCGCAACCAUGGUGGCAACGGGAGUCAGCCCUCUCCACACCCUUCUACGGUCAGAAUUGCCUCUUCCUUCAUCGGCGAUACUUCCUAGUUCGGCUGGUCUAGUCUUGCAGGCCGAGUCGUCGAUAAGAGAUGGGUUCACUCUUCGCCUGUAUCUUGCACCCGAAUCUGUUGAUUUGGCUGGCAUGCUUGCAGGAGUGACUCUCAAUGCGGAUUACACAUUGCUCUUGUCCGAACACGAGGUGCACGCCGAUAUCAGCAUCUGCAAGCGUGGAGACCGCAUCGAGUAUGUCCUUCGCGAUCAUACGUACGGGACAUCCUCGUUGUGUGAGACAACGAUGGUCGACAUGCAGCAUGUUAACUACGUCUUGCGCGCCGCGAGUCGGUUUCUCAAGCGCCUCCGUAUCAAAUCAGACACGGAGGUUCUGAGCAAACGUGUUGAUGUUGUCUUUCAUCAACUACGCUCGGACGACGGCGUCGUGCAGGCUGACAAUUCUUGCUCUUGUGAUCAAGAGAAGAUUGCUGAUGAAGCGGGAGUUAUUACCAUUGCUAAGGGUAAACGCCUUGGUAUCACGCUGCGCAGCACGGCCAGUAUGCCCUUGCAUGUUUGGGUUCUCUACUUUGACUACGAAGACUUAUCCAUCAAGGAGCUCUACAGACCGCUGAUUUGGGGUGUUUACGGAAGUCCUUCCCUACCAGAUAAGGGUAGUUUGAGGAUUGGGCAUUGUUCUGGCGAAGGGUUGCCACUCAAUGCGGCGACUCACGGGCACAAGAACUCACGUGUGGGGUUUAUCAAGAUCAUUCUGGCGACGGCUCCUUUUGAUGUCUCCAGCUUUGAGCAGCUAUCACCGUUCGACGACAGGAGGCCCCGUCACAUUCGGAGCAUCCCUGAAUCUUACCGUCUCAUCUCGGACACGAUCACGAUCAAAGUUGUACUAAAGGAUGUUGAUAUUGAAACUUGA